ACCUUUCUGGGCAACAUGGCAAGCUCCAUACCCUCCGGGGGGUUACUAGAUGUCUUUGGGAAUAACCCCUAUUUCUCGGCAGGAUUUGGCCUUAUAGGAGUAACUGCAAGUUUGGCGGUACUUCGACAAGGAGCUGUUCAUGGCGUGACACUGGCACGACGGCGACUGCUGGUCACUUUGGAAAUACCAAGCAAGGACCAAAGCUAUGCCUGGUUUUUGCAGUGGAUGAGUACCAACGGGGCGCGAAGGAAUGCGCACCAACUAGCUGUCGAGACGUCAUUUGUCAGACGAGAUAACGGGAGCGUCUCAAGUCAUUUCUCGCUCGUGCCAGGACCCGGGAGGCACUUUUUCAAAUAUCAGGGAGCUUGGUUUCAGGUGGAGCGUCAACGCGAGAGGAACAUGAUCGACCUUAAAAGCGGAACUCCAUGGGAGACGAUCACGUUGACUACACUUAGUCGGGAUAGAAAGCUACUGACACAAAUGCUGGAAGAGGCCAAAAAAGCCGCACUGGCAAAAGAAGAGGGCAAAACAGUCGUUUAUACCAGUUACGGACCGGAUUGGAGACCUUUUGGUAACCCUCGAAAGAGGAGACCCAUCGCCUCGGUUGUUUUGGACGGAGGUAUUGCAGAGAUGAUACACAAGGAUGUGAAGGCAUUCCUCUCUGGCGGCAAAUGGUACCACGAUCGAGGCAUACCAUACCGACGGGGGUACCUCCUAUAUGGACCACCAGGUAGUGGCAAAACAAGCUUUAUACAAGCCCUCGCGGGUGAAUUAGAAUACAACAUUUGCGUGAUGAAUCUGAGUGAGCGGGGAAUGACAGAUGACCGGCUGAGUCAUUUGUUGAAUCACGCACCGCCUCGUAGUAUUAUUCUAUUGGAGGAUGUAGACGCGGCGUUUAUCAAUCGGUCGCAAACAGAUAAGCAAGGGUACCAGUCCAUGGUAACGUUUAGUGGAUUGUUGAACGCCCUGGAUGGCGUCACAUCCUCGGAGGAACGUGUUAUUUUCAUGACAACCAACCACGUAGAGCGUCUCGACCCAGCACUGAUAAGGCCUGGUCGUGUGGAUGUCAAACUGUUGUUGGACAAUGCAAGUGACGAACAAGCACGUCAAAUGUUUUUGCGAUUCUUUGAGGGAGAAGAAGCGCUGGCGAAUGAAUUUGUGAAAAAAUUGAAUCUGAAAUUGCAUAGUGUGAGUCCAGCACAGUUGCAGGGGCACUUUGUAGUAUAUAGGGAUAGUGCUAGGGCAGCAGUAGACAAUGCAACGGAUCUGAUUUCAAAAUGAACCUCCAGGAAGGCCAAAGAGGGGGUUGGGCACACGUAUGUUAGCACUUGCAUGUAAUAUUUAUUUAUAUCUCAAGGCAUAACCUAUUUGUUAGAAGCUCUACAAACAAAAACUUUAUACAAUUAACGAGUCCAGGCGUCGCUUGCAC